AUUUCUAAUUUUAGAUCCCUAAAGACGCAGUGAUGACGAUUGAAAUUCACGACCACCGGAUUCGCUGCAACACACACAGAUACUUCGACGUGAUAUUUUACAACGACACAAUCCUCACUCUCGUGACACACACUCCCGCCAUGGUUGACUUUUGGAUCUCCGACAUACAGCGCAUCCAUCAACGCAGGCUCCGCCGUCUCAUCGUCGGCUUAGACACCGAGUGGCGCCCUAACUUCUGGCCUAACGAGGACAACCCUAUUGCCAUACUCCAGCUCUGCGUGGGCCACAGGUGCCUCAUUUUUCAGCUCAUGCAAGCACCGGGCAUCCCGCAGAGCCUCGUUAACUUUCUCACCAAUGGUAACUACUCGUUUGUGGGAGUGGGAAUCCACAACGACGUGGAGAAGUUGUACGAAAAUUACCAGUUGCACGUAGUGAAUGUGUUUGAUUUGAGGGAUUGGGCUGUUGAGUGCACAGGAGAUCAAAGGCUCAGAAGGGCUGGGCUAAAGCGAUUGGCGUUGGCCAUUAUGGGGAAGGACAUCCAGAAACCGGCAAGUGUGACAAUGAGUUGGUGGGAUAAUCCGUGGCUGGCGCCGCUUCAGGUUCAGUAUGCUUGCAUUGAUUCUUUCGUUUCGUUUGAGAUAGGGAGGAUAUGCCGUGGUUGAGUUCAUAUUGAUGUUUGCUCUGAUUUUUACUCAUUUCUUUGAGAAUUAGAAUGUUGUUGCUAUGAUAGUGUAAGCUGCAUGC